AUGACAUUACCAGUGGCACUGUACAGUGCACCAGACGGUGUAGAAAAGAACUUUAUACCAACACCCGAUGACCCACGAUACUUGACCACGGAGGGACGAACUACGGGCCCCAGUGACCAUGUGCUGAACGCCGGCCAAAUUGACAGAGACAAGCCCUCAGAUCCCAAGUACACAGCAGAUGGUUCACAGUUGACGUACCUAAGUCAGCUGCGCACGCAGCUGACAGGGUUACAAGACGAUAUUAAUGAGUUCUUGACACGGAGAAUGGAACUGGCCAAAAAUAAAAAGAAAGCUGGCGCUGAGGAGAAACGAAUUCAGGAAGAGAUUAAUCAGUUAUUAGAUGGUGGCGACGGCGAAGAGGACGCUGAUUAG